UGGACUUCACCUAAAAUUAAGUUGAUUUGAAAUUUUGGACAUCAUGCUACGAAGGCUGCUUCUCCGUUCUCCAAAUUCGAUUUCGCAACCGUUACCUACCUCUCACCAACUCUUACCUCCGUCUCCAAAAGUACCAUUCUCUGCUUGGAUCGCUGCAGCUUCCCCUGCUGGACAACCGCCCUCUAGUUGCUCGCACAAUUGCCGACUUGCCCUCCGUUCUCUCCGUUGUGCCGCGGCUGGUGGAGGCGGAACUGAGUCGCAGCCGCUACCAAAUCAGGGAAUGGCAGCUCAAAACGAGAAAGAUCCUCGCUUAGCUAGGAUUUCCUCUUCAAUCAGGGUCAUCCCUGACUUCCCCAAAAAAGGGGUUUUGUUUCAGGAUAUAACGACCUUGCUUCUCGAUACUGAGGCGUUCAAGGACACAAUAGAUUUGUUUGUUGAGAGAUAUAAAGGGAAAGGGAUCUCUGUCGUUGCAGGUAUUGAGGCAAGAGGUUUUAUAUUUGGCCCUCCAAUUGCAUUGGCUAUUGGAGCAAAAUUUGUGCCCCUGAGGAAACCUAAUAAGUUGCCUGGGGAGGUAAUUUCUGAGGAGUACUCAUUGGAAUAUGGAAAAGAUGUAAUGGAGAUGCAUGUAGGUGCUGUACAGGAAGGAGAGCGGGCGUUGGUUAUUGAUGAUCUUAUUGCAACUGGAGGGACGUUAUGUGCAGCAAUUAGGCUACUUGAGCGUGUUGGGGCACAUGUUGUUGAAUGUGCCUGUGUCAUUGAAUUGCCAGAGCUGAAGGGUCGGGAACGAUUAGGAGACAAUCCAUUAUUUAUUCUCGUAAGCGGUUAAAAGAAAAACCAAUGUUUAGGAGUGUCUAAUAGUUCUCAAAAUUAUAAAUUUGGACGAGGUGAAAGGAUCUUGGUAAUAAAGGAUUGGACAACAGGAUAUGGAAUCCAUGUUCAUUUUUUAUUUUCAACUUUAUUUAUUUGGCUUGCUUGCAUUAAACUUUGAAUUUAAGAUAUUGGCUUAUGUCCAAUGUGGUUUUCGGUAAUGGAACAUCAAAUAUCAUUUGCAUUUUCA